AUGGGAAAGCCCACAGGGAAGAAGAAGGAUAUCGCUAAUCCGGGUGCUGCAAAUUCACACGCCAAACCUGCGAAGUCUUCCAAAGCUUUCGAUGAAGAUACGGCAAUGUUCAUCAACAUGUCACAAGAGUUCAGGGAAGAAGGUAACAAGUUGUUUCAGAAGAAGGACCACGAAGGCGCCAUGCUCAAGUACGAGAAGGCACUGAAGCUGCUUCCGAAGAACCACAUUGAUGUCGCACAUCUUCAUACCAACAAGGCCACGUGUUACAUGCAAUUGGGUCUCGGGGAAUACCCUCGAGCCAUUCACGAAUGCAAUUUGGCGCUGGAAGUGUCUCCACGGUACAGCAAAGCUCUUCUGAAAAGAGCCACGUGUUAUCGUGCGCUCAAUCGCUUCGAUUUGGCACUCAGGGAUGUCAAUCUUGUUUUGAGCGUGGAGCCGAAUAAUCUCGCGGCGUUGGAGUUUCUUGAGAGUCUUACAAAGUCAACGGAAGAAAAGGGGGUUUCUGUUGAUGAUAAAGGGGUGGCUUUUGAUACUACCAUUUAUCGCACUCCUUCUCCUUCUGCGCAAAAACUGAACAAAAAGAGAGGUAAAAAAAUUGAGGACAAGAUGGUUGUGAAGGAAAAAGUGGGUGUUAUUGUAGAGGAUAAAAAGGUGGUUUCAAAAACAAUUGGGCAAGAAAGAAAGGUGGUUUCAAAAACAAUUGAGCAAGGAAAAAAUGUGGUUUCAAAAGCAAUUGAGCAAGAAGAAAAGGUGGUUUCAAAAGCAAUUGAGCAAGAAGAAAAGGCGGUUUCAAAAGUAAUUGAGCAAGAAGAAAAGGUGGUGGAAGUCGAAUCUGUGGAGGAAGAAACACCCGUCACGAUCACAAGGAGCGUGAAGUUGGUAUUUGGAGAAGAUAUAAGGCGGGCUCAGUUACCCGUGAAUUGUAGUGCGAAGUUGGUGAGGGAUAUAGCUAAGGAUCGGUUUCCUGGUUUGAAGGGGGUUCUUGUCAAGUAUAAGGAUAAAGAAGGUGAUUUGGUUACGAUCACUACUACAGAUGAACUAAGGUUAGCUGAAAAGUCUGUUCCUGAAAAGGCAUCGUUUAGGCUUUAUAUUACUGAGGUCAGUCCAGAUCAAGAACCUGCUUAUGAUGGAACAACAACUAAUGGGGAUGAGGUGCAAAGGGACGGUGGAAAACUAAAUGAUGAUUUUGAGAAUGGGGGUAUGGAAGAAGGCAGAGAUGAAGAUGCUGCAAGAAAGAUGAUUACUGUGGAGGACUGGCUUCUCCAGUUUGCAAGGCUGUUCAAGAACCAUGUAGGGUUUGAGUCUGAUUCUUAUCUAGAUACUCAUGAGUUCGCGAUGAAGCUGUAUGGAGAAGCGAUCGAGGAUACGGUAGCAAGCAAUGAUGCUCAAGAACUUUUUGGAAUUGCUGCUGAUAAAUUUCAAGAGAUGGCUGCCUUGGCAUUGCUUAAUUGGGGAAGUGUUCAAAUGUCCAGGGCAAGGAACCAGGGUUUCUUUUCCGAGGAUGGGGCCACAGAAUCUUCCUUGGAGCAUAUAAAAGCUGCAUAUGAGUUGGCACGAACGGAGUACAAGAAAGCAGAAAUGAGAUAUGAAGAAGCCUUGAAAAUCAAACCUGACUUCUAUGAAGGAUAUCUUGCUCUUGGGCAUCAGCAAUUUGAGCAAGCAAGGCUGUGCUGGUGUUAUGCAUUAGCAUGCAAGGAAUCAGAUGCUGGCUUUUCUGAUGAGGUUCUACAACUUUAUAACAAGGCAGAGGAUAGCAUGGAGAAAGGCAUAUUGAUGUGGGAGGAGAUGGAGGAGCAGCGUCUGAAUGGAAUAUCCCAAUCAGAUAAAUAUAAAGAACAGUUAGAGAAAAUGGGCUUGGAUGGUCUUUUCAAAGAUGUUUCUGAUGAUGAAGCUUCAAAGCAAGCUAGAAAGAUGAGAUCUCAGAUACACCUUUUAUGGGGAACCUUGUUGUAUGAACGUUCUGUGGUGGAAUAUAAGCUUGGCCUUCCCACAUGGGAGGAAUGUUUGGAGGUUGCAGUUGAAAAGUUUGAACUAGCUGGAACUUCUGCAACAGAUAUUGCUUUUAUUGUAAAGAAUCACUGCUCAAAUGAAACAGCACUUGAAGGGUUCAAAAUUGAUGAGAUAGUACAGGCAUGGAAUGAGAUGUAUGAUGCUCAGGGGUGGCAGUUUGGUGAUCCAUCAUUUCGACUUGAACCAUUGUUUCGUCGGCGUGUUCCUAAACUCCAUUCCAUCUUGGAGCAGUUUUAA